AUAAAAUCGCGCACUCUGACUAUUUUACCGUUGUCCUUGAUACGUUUCUGGACCUGGGAACAUUGCAGUUGCAUUGCUGUCUACGGAGGUUCAGACAGCUCUCAGAUUUUAUCAAAAAAUAUCUUAACCCUUUAAACUUUACAACAUUUUUAUGGGUAGGGGGAGAGCGGAGGCUCUUGCACAUUAAUUGUUACUUGUUACUUUCGACCCUGUCAUUUGGGACAAAAGUAAUACACAGGUUUGCGUCUGGCAGGUGGCACAGUCUCUGACAGCUUUAAAGAAUGCAGUCAGUUCUUCUACAUGCAUACAGCACCCACAGGUAUCCGAGGAGGCAAUCUGAAGAGGAUAUGCCAACGAUACGGAGAGAAACUACGUUACGCCACACUGUAUGACAGCAGUCGUCGACUGGCACUUUAUUCAGCUUACACCUUCAAAAAGUCAGACGGACAGAGGAGGAUGGACACACCCUGGAUGUAUGAACCACAGCUGGUUUCUGCUGAUGAAAGCGGAAACAUGAGAGAGUUGCCCUCUAGUGGUGAAACCGACCAACUUCUUGAGGAGAGCCAAGCUGUGUUAGCAGACUAUGUUGAUGCGGUGGAGUACGAGCGUGGUCCUCUUAACCCUGACCAGCACCAGGCGGACAACCAAGACAAAGCAGCUACCUAUACUCUCACAAAUGUGGUACCUCAGAUCACAGACUUAAUGGAGGGUUCAUGGGCCAUUUAUAUCGAUACGGUACGCCGCCGCCUGAAUAACUUCUGCCGUGGUGCUGCCUUUGUGGUGACUGGGGUGACUGUAUCAGGGGUGACCAUCCGAAGAGGAAGAGAGGACCGCAUGGCCGUCCCCAAGCACUUGUGGUCCGCUUAUUGCUGUCCACGGUUUGAUCGAAACUCACCCUAUGAUGUACGAUACAUGUUUCCCACAUAUGCAGCAUAUGCUUUGAAUGAGAUAGUGGGACACGGUGUUACAGAAGUGCCUUUGAAAGCUUUAGAGACCUUUCUGAAAAGUCAGACUGGCAUGGACAAAAGCGUGACCAUCUUUUUCAAAGACUGUCUCACAGAAAAUGCACAUACCAAUAGGAAGUGAUUAAAAGUGACUCAACGCUGUAAAGCCUGACAUAUCAAAUAAUUGUCAGAAAAAUCUGUUCGUUAUGAAAAAGUUUAUUGAAAUUUUAGGGGGAAAAAAUCAGCAAUUUUUCAAAAAACAUUAUGUGUUUUUGUAUGUAUAGUUGGAAUAUGGAGCGCAUACUAAAGGAGGAAAAAAAACCUCAGUUUAUUCCCAAACUGAGCAAAAAUUUUCAUAAGGUUUUGAUCAGGUUGAUAUAUUUUUUAGAAGAAUAGUUAAGAAGAACAUUAAAUGUAAGCAUCUGUGCAGUGAUAAUGAAUUCAAGAACCAGACGAGAGAAUGUAAAUAAACUAAUAAAAAAAAAGAA